UGCAGUCGGACGCUGAGGUUCACAAAGGGAAGCACACAUUCACACUCCUGACAGCUCGCACCAAGUUCACUCUACUGGAGUUUAACAGACGACCACCUGAAGAUCCUUAUUCCCUGAAGAUAUGCCUCAUUCCAGGUGCACAACAGGAAACGGUUUAACACAAGUUCUUCAUUCAGGAGCUUCCUCUCUCCCUGAGCAAAACAUGCGGGACGCCAUGUUUCCCAACCAUCAAUGAACAAAGCCGAUUCCAAAGACAAACAACUGCACAACAAUAGAAGCAAUAAUCCUCCAACAUGGCAGUCACUUCAUUCAAUGUUACUGAGGAGCCAGAAGCUGGAUUAGCUGAGGUGGACAUAUGUGCACUUGAGAUAAAUACCAAGCGGGAAGUCAUCCCAUCUUUUGUCUGUUCCGUUUGCCUCUCACUGGGACUCAUCUACUGCUUUUUUGGUUACCGCUGCUUCAAGAUGGUCAUGUUCUUCUCUGGCUUCAUGUUCAGCUCUGCAGCCAUUCUCCUGUUUUACCACAAGGAGCCUGUGCUGGAUGUGAAGCUAGGAGUAGAGACGAAGGCGGGGAUCGGGCUGGGUGUGGGUGUGCUCUGCGGCCUGAUGACCAUGUUGGUGUCCACGCUGGGACUCCUCUUCAGCGGCCUGCAGCUGGGCAGCCUGCUCUGCCUCCCCCUCCUGGUGGUUCUUGGACAGUUUUACAGCCUCACUCCGGUGUGGGUGCCUCUCAGUGCCUUGUUGGCUGCUGGUAUCGUGGCUGCCGUGUUCACUCUACAGUGGCAGAAACUGUUCACCAUCAUCUACACAUCUGUGCUGGGAGCCACCGCUGUGAUGCUCUGUGUGGAUUACAUGAUGGGAACUUUCAUGCUGCCAGAUCAGGUGUAUGAUCUCCUUUGUCAAGCUGCCCCACAGCAGCUGUGCUGGUUUAACUGGGCCAUCACUGGGAUAUGUCCUGCUUUGAGUCUGAUAGGUGUGUUGGUCCAGUGGAGGUUUACUGCCAGAGGAGCGUCACACAUGGACGAUAAAAAACACAAGAAACAUGUGAAGAAGUACAGAUGCAGAGAAACCAGGGGAAGACCUCGACCAUACCGACAACGUAGACCUCCACUGCUAAAGCGCUAUGCUGGGGACGUCCUGGCACCAAGUUAUCUCCGGAGUCUUCAGGAGCGCCAGAUGGGAACAGGCUCCUCCACCAGCAGCGUCAGCACCAUCACACACAGGCUGAUAGACUUUGAUUAUGAGACGGGCUCCAUGGUGCCUCUGACUUCUGCCUCGCCUGUGUUUAGCUUCUAAAGGAACAAGCAUCUUAUUUUUAACUUUUAAAUAAAGACUCAGUUUAAAUGUUCGCUCUCUACAGAAACAAUUCACCUUGCUGUUAUGAAUCCACUCUAACCAGCUCCUUUGGAUAAUCUUCUGCAUGCAUGAGCUAGGAUUUUAAGACACUUGGAGAUUAUCCUCUUAAUGAUGACAACACAAAAUAAGAAAAACAUGCAGUCAUCAGUGCCCUGAUUACCCUCCUCUUCAACAGUGUAACUCACAAACACUUUGUGUUUCAGUAUUCAGAUGUUUUGUUUUGUACAGCGGCGUGACAAUCUUUGAAUCUACAAUUAUCACUGAAUGUACAUGAGCUUAGUUUGGGUUGUAAAUAAGGAAUGCGUACCAACACGAGCAAUAAAUUAUAUUUUUAAAAAAUCAGAUUAAUAGGAAUUGUUGCACAUAAAAACAAAUAAACUUCCGAUUUGGCAGGAAGAGGAAAGCUUAGCUUUUUUUGGGGUGUUGUCUUAUUUUGAUGUCUGUGGAAGUGGAAUAUUCAAAAAAAUUGUGCAUUUUUUUUUAGGAGGGAAGUGAAUCAGCAGUGGCAUAGUGGCAGCAUGUAAGUGCUUAUAAUGUUUUGGUUCAAGCUAAUAUACACUACCUGACCACUUCAUUCGGUACACCUGUCCAACUGCAAAGAUCAUAAUCAGCAAAUCCAUAUACCAGGAGUUUUUAACUAGUUUUGAAGUAGAUCAAAAUCAAUACUGAUAACUAUAUGUGGCCUAUUUAAGCAAACCAGACUACAAGGAAAUUGAUAAUGUCUGUUUCAUGUCUAUUUUUGUUUAAAUGUUGAUAAUUACAGCUCACAAAAAUCCACUAUCUAGAAAUAUUACAUCACAAAACACCACUUAAAAAAGGAAUUAUAAUACAGAAAUGUUGACCUCCUGGAAAUUCUGUUCGUGUAUGUACUUAGUACUUGGUUGGAGCUUUUUUCACACAAUUUACUCCAUCUAUGCAACGCAGCAUGGAGGUGAUCAGUUUGUGGCCCUGCUGGGUUGUCAUGAAGCCCAGGUUGCCCAGAUUGCAGCAUUCUGCUUAUCUGUAUUGUUGAGUCUGGUGUCUCAUCUUCCUCUAGAGAUUCUCUAUGGGAUUCACGCCAGACCAAUUGACAGACCAAUCAAACACAGUAGUACCAGGGUCAGCAGAACCAGUUUCAGGUUGUUUUAGCUUCACUGUGGGCAGGUGCCAAGUCCUGCUGGAAAUGGAAAUCAGUAUCUCCUUAAAGACUUUCAACAGAUUGAAGCAUGAAGUGCUCUAAAAUCUCCUGCUAGACUGCUGACAGUGUUGACUCUGGACUUGAUAAAGCACAGUAGACCAACAGCAGCGAUGACAUAGCACCCCAAACCUUCACUGACUGGAAACUGAAAACACCGGACUUCAAGCACCUUGGAUUCCAUGCCUUUCAGACCUUCUUUCAGACUCUGCAACCUUGAUUUACCAAUAAAAUAAAAAUGUACUUUCAACUGAAAACAGGAUUUUGGACUACUGAGCAACAGUCCAGAUCUUUUUCUCUUUAGCCCAGGUGAGACGCUGAUGAUGUCUGUGAAUCAGGAGUGAACAAGACACUUGUGGUCCAUUUCCUGGACCUGUCUGUGUGGUGCCUCUUAAUCCACUGACUUCAGCCUCAGUCUACUCCUU